CGGCCUACAGCAGCAGCAGCAGGAGCAGCAGCUUGUACGGUGUAUGUGUGUAUGUGUGAGUCCUGGAGUGUACUGGAGUGUAUUGGAGUGUGUCGGACUCAAAGCAGACAGACUGGGUCAGAGCAUACGGACCGGUUCGGCAAAUUAACCUCCAGAAUCUCCCACAGGCUUGGCGUACCGAAAAACCUGAAAUGACAUGGGAAGAUCACUCAAGGGGAGAUAGUCCUACUUCUGUACACAGCAAAACUGCAGACAGUUGGAGAGCAGGACGGAGAAAAGCCCUGGCCAAAUGAAGCCCGCUGUGACACAGAUGGAGGUCUGAGUUAAGACUGAAGAUGGUCUGAUGGACCGCCGCUUCUUGCUGACCUUCAUCUUCUGUUCAGUCUCGUGGAUUUUCUUCUGGGAAGUGCGCUGGAAGAAAAGCAAGGAAAGUCAGAUUGAAGAAUGGCUGCAGGGGCAUAGCCUGUCCGAUUACAAGUAUUUAUUUGAAGAUGUGCAGUCUCUGGAAGAGCUGAGUCUGAGUGUGUUGGCUCGUUUAGAGGAGGUGGUGAAAGAGCAGCGGCGCUGGAGGGACAUCUCUGAAGCUCACAUCCAUCUGCUCAGAGACUUCGCCUUUCAGGAGUGGCUGAGCUCUCAGAGUCUAGAGCACUACUACCAUACUCUGAAGGCCCUGGGAUGCACUAAUCUGGAUGACUUGGCUCAGUUUGACAGCCAGCUUCAGCUCUCUUUGGCAGCCUGGGGCUAUUACUACGAGGAUUACAUCAAACUGUCCACAGGAGUGAAGGUUCUCCAAGCCUCCAGGGGCAGCAGAGACCAGGACUACGAGAUUCAGCUGGUGCACAGCCUUGCUGAGAGGCGGCUCAAUGAGAAGUGGUCCAUUGCUGGAGCUGUAAUAUUUGGCUGUACUGUUGCACUGUGCUUUCUGAUAAGGGACCUCAUGUUUUACGUGAUUGGUGGAAUAACUGUUUCCAUCAUCGCAUUCGUUUUUACCAUCAAGUUCCUAUGUGAGCUCGCUGCACGAGUGGUCAGCUUUCUGCAGAAUGAGGACCCUGGACGCCGAGGUGAUCGCAGCAUUUAUGACUAUGUGCGGGGGAACUACCUGGACCCACGCUCCUGCAAGGUCUCCUGGGACUGGAAGGAGCCACAGGAAGUGGGCCAGACUAUGAGCUUCAGGGUGCAGCUUUUCUAUAAGAAUGGCCAGCCGUUUCCAGCCCACAGGCCUGUAGGCUUGAGAGUAAAUAUAACUCAUAUAGAACUGGCUCUGGACAUUCCUGUUACCCAAGAGGUUCUUCAGGAGCCCGAGUCCAACGUAGUGAAAGUGACCUUCACUGUGCGCAAAGCUGGACGAUACGAGGUGGCUGUUAAACUAGGUGGCCUCAAUGUGGCCUACAGCCCCUAUUAUAAAGUUUUCCAGCCAGGGACAGUGGUGCCAUCUAAAACAAAGAUUGCGUACCACUUUUCCACUCUGGUGCUGACAUAUGGUCAACAGCACACGCUGCAGAUUGAGCCUCGGGAUGAGUAUGGAAACCCCACCAGUAACUCGGUCUCCCUUGUGGAUGAGGUCAACUACAGUGUGCAUAUUCAUUCAUUGGGCACUGUGGAAGAGGACAGUUCUGAAGACUUUUAUAGCACACAUGUGACCUGUAAUAAGCAGCAGUGUCAGGUUCUGCUGAAGCUCACUUUAAAGAAGAAGGGCUGCUUUCGGGCACGGAUCACUUAUAGGGACCAACCUCUCAGCAAUGGAGAGUUUGACAUUAUUGUGCUAAGUGAGAGUGAGAAGAGCUGUGUGGAGAAGAACGUGUCCACUCCAGGCAUUAGUAUCUACUUUGAGGCCUACCUCUAUGGCACAGGCAAUUACAGUAGCUCGUCCUGGCAAUUCCCAGCAUCCUCUUUGCUGGCGCCACAAAGACGGCCCUCCAUGGGCGAUGAUGAAGAUGAGCACGACUCUCCAGUAGAGGGCCAACCAGAGAAGGUCAAGAAACCAAAAAAGGUCUACUGCUACAUAUCGCCAAAGCAACUCUCAGUGAAGGAGUUCUACCUGAAGAUUAUUCCAUGGCGCCUUUUCACUUUUCGUGUGUGCCCAGGAACUAAGUUCACAUACCACGGGCCGGACCCAAUCCAUAAGUACCUGACGCUGGUGGUCGAUGACGGCAUUCAGCCUCCUGUGGAGCUAAGCUGCAAAGACAGGAAUAUUAUGGCAGCCACUUUUAUUCGCUUCCUUCACAAGAACAUCGGAGGCUCAGAGACGUUUCAGGACAAGGUGAACUUUUUCCAGCGAGAGCUCAGGCACAUUCACUCCAAAAGACCUCGAACUAAGACCUGCCUGAAGAUCAUCCGCCACUCCAUCCUGGACUCAUCUCUUAAGGCCACCAGGAACUUUUCUGUGUCAGACUGGAGUAAGAACUUUGAAGUGGUGUUUCAGGAUGAAGAAGCUCUGGACUGGGGAGGUCCGAGGCGGGAGUGGUUUGAGCUUGUGUGCAAGGCUCUGUUUGACACCAAUAACCAGCUCUUCACACGCUUCAGUGACAACAACCAGGGUCUGGUCCACCCUAAUGCGGAGAGGCCUGUUCAUCUGAGAGUAAAGAUGUAUGAGUUUGCUGGGCGUGUGGUGGGCAAGUGCUUGUAUGAGUCUGCUUUGGGAGGGGCCUACAAGCAGCUGGUGCGGGCUAGGUUUACUCGCUCCUUCCUGGCGCAGAUCAUCGGCCUACGCAUGAAUUACAAGUACUUUGAGACGGAUGAUCCAGAGUUCUACAAAACAAAGGUCUGCUUCAUCAUAAACAAUGACGUGAGUGAAAUGGACCUUGUUUUUGCUGAAGAGAAGUACAGCAAGUCAGGACAACUGGAAAAGGUGGUGGAGCUCAUAUCUGGUGGGGCUCAGAUUGCUGUGACUAAUGAGAAUAAGAUUCAUUACCUGAACCUGCUGGCUCAGUACCGACUGGCCAGUCAGGUGAGGGAUGAGGUAGAGCACUUCCUCAAAGGUUUGAACGAACUGGUUCCUGAGAACCUUUUGGCCAUAUUUGAUGAAAAUGAGUUGGAGUUGCUGAUGUGUGGAACUGGGAAUAUUAAUGUGCAGGAUUUCAAAGCCCAUGCUGUUAUCGUUGGAGGCUCAUGGCAUUUCAGAGAGAAGGUGAUGAAGUGGUUCUGGGCCGUGGUGUCCUCCUUCACUCAGGAAGAGCUGGCACGUCUCCUGCAGUUCACCACCGGCUCAUCUCAGCUCCCCCCCGGAGGCUUCAACACACUCUGCCCCUCCUUCCAGAUCAUAGCUGCCCCCACACACAGCACUCUGCCAACCGCACAUACCUGUUUUAACCAGCUGUGCCUCCCUACGUAUGACUCCUACGAGGAGCUGCACAAACUGCUAAAGCUGGCCAUCAGUGAGGGCAGCGAGGGCUUCGGCAUGCUCUGAUCGCCUGCUGGCUGUGUCUGUCGGAUACAGUGAGGACGUCUUUCUCAUUCUGUCUCUCCUUUUCUCUUCAUGCUUUCUUUUUCCCCCUCUCGACCGAGUGAGCUGCGAUAUAUGAGCCAACACACCUUUUGCCUCCAAUAACAGACCUUUUUAGUUCAAGCCCACCUGGAUGUCCAGAUUUUCUCUUUCAAGCAGGACCUUCAAAGAGGACAUUUACACAUGAUCCGGAGAUGCCUUUGGCUGUUUCCAGUGGAUGCUGGAGCUAUGUAAAUAUGUAAACUAUUUUUUCUUUUUUUUUGUAUUGUUAGACAAAAAAAAAAAGAAUGAACGGAAAGCUGUGUUUUAUUGUAGGUAGUCAAUUAUGCUUCAUUUUAUGUGAGUUAGCACAGUUGUUAAAACAUGAGGGCCCAUGUAAUAUUUACAGCAUUAACAAAGCUGGGAACAUUUCAAACGGAGUGUAGCAGCCUAUAAGAUGUGUGGUUUUACCACACACUCACUGCACUUUGGCCUUAACUGAUCAGGGAAGGAUGUGUGUGUAUAUAUUGCUGUUUAAUUCUCUUUUGCGCAAGAUGUGUGUAUAUAAAUAUAUAUGGAAAAUGUAACAUUUUCAUUUACUUCACAAUUGCUCUUUUUAAUUUCUGUGGUACUUUUUUUUUAAUUGGUCUUUUUUUUUUAAGCAUAGCCUCUGUUUCCACCUGGUCACUUCAUCAGUCUUAAGUAACUGCAGAAUGGCAAAGAGACCAAUGCAUAAAGAUAAAUGUUCAAAUCGGCAUAGACCACUUGUGCCUAGCCAUGUGUAUGUGAAAGUGUAAAUGCACAGAAAGGGCCUGUUUACACCUGACAUUAAUGGGCAUAAUUAGAUCAUGUUAAUAUUGUGCUUGUUUGCAUUCAAACCUAUGGUGCAUUGUGAUUGGAUAUUGAUCAGAUUACUCAAACCACAUUCACAAGAAUAAAUUAGUGUAUUGAUAGAAAGUUUGGAUCUUUUUAAUCAUUUUAAUAAUAAGUGAAAACAGAAUCUGGUCAGUUUCAUAUAAAAGUAUACCAUCUUUUCCAUACAAAGUUUAUGUUAACCACAUGUCAACCAAAAACUAGUAAUAACUGGUAGGCAAUGAGCAGAUCUGGGUAUUCUGUUCUAAACAGAAAUCCAGAGACACAUUUGACUGCUAAGUGUAAACACUUAGAUACAAUCCAGAUACAAGUCAGAUGAAAAAGUGAGCAAUGUAAACGGAGUCUUAAUAAUAUGAUUAUUGAUUUGUUGUUUGUCCUGCAGAAAACUGAUGAGUGGACCAUGCAGAAAAUUGUUUCAUCUUCUCUGUUAGAAUCCAGCCUUCUUUCAGCCUGGUACUGUAAGGGACUAGAAGUGAAACUGUGCUAAAAUGAUUUAAGUUAAUAUUUUUUUCCAUGUAUUCAUGACAUGGUACUCUGCAUUGCAGAUCUCGAUGAUACUCAUCCAAAAUGAUCUGAAGCACUGGUUGAAGAGCAGGAGCAUGUCCUCCUUUCUCCAGGCUCACCUUUAAGUCUCUGGGCAGCAUCUAUGCAUUUUAUUAUUAUUGAGUCUUAUUAACAGAUAGAUAAAUAAGUUAGGCUUAUAUAACAUGUACAGGACAGAAUGCAUAAGGACAAGGGAUGUCUUAUUUAAUUUUAAUGCAGAGUUUCACAUUUGGUCUCUGUGUUUUGAGCUUUAUUGAGUUAUUUAUGACCUUAUUUAUUGAAAUGUUUUUUUGUUUUGGUUGGUUGGUUGGUUUUGUUUUUUUUUUUUUUCUUUAUUUUUCCUUUUCACUGACCAAAAUAUGACUCGACGUUAUGCUUGCAUUGACUGUGAAAGGUGCUAUGUAAGUUGAGAAGCUGAAAAACAAAUGAUUGUUGGAAUUUGAAAUUCACUUUAGAUUUUUAUGAUUUGCAGUGACCAUUUUCCAUUAAUUAAUUAAUUAAUUAAUUAGUUAAAUGCUUGUUUAAUUUUUUAUAUUCAUAACACACAGUAUGGGCACAGUGGUGCUGCAGCUAGUGCAUGUGUGGCAUAUCCACAUUUACAAACAGCUCCAGUAACUGUCCGUCAGGAGCCUGGUGUGCUUUCCCUAUGUUCACCUGGGCCUAGUCUGGGCACCCUGGUUUCCUCCCCUCUCCCAGAAAAAACAUGUGAUAGGAGAAUGGGUCAUGCUAAUAUGCUCACUAGGUAUGAAUGUGAGAGUGAAUGGUUGUAUGUAAUACUCUGCGAUUGACUGUCAAGCAGGUAUUCCUGCCUUGCAGGUUUUAGAACCUCAACAAUCCUGACCUGGAGUCAGGAAUAUCCACAAGUAUAGCACUGCACUGAACAGUGUUGCUUUAUUUCCACUGUUAAUCUUUAGUUUUUUUGUGGUUUUUAUUUAAAGCAUAAAUUUGGCUACAUUCACACAGCAGGUGAAAGUGACUUUAAUCUGAUUUUCUCACCAAAUUUUCUUUAAACUUAUUUUGUGAGCCUUUUAUUUUCCGUUGGUGCUGUGGCCACAUCCUCCAGUGGCCAUGCUUGGACAUUAGAAACACAGUGCGGUUGUGACACAAGCCUUUUAUUAAUAUUGUAACAAAAACAUCACCCAAACAUUUAUGUGGUCUGCUAAGCUGCUGUCCUCAUUUCAAUUUUCUCCUUAAUGUAAAAUAAUUGAAUUCCAAUCUGCCUGUUCUAACAACUAACUGGAUGUGUAUCAGAUUUUAAUAUCAGUUAUUAAAUUGGACCGUGUUAGAAUUGAGACUGUUAGAUUUAGUGUGCAUUUUGCUGUUAACACAAACAACACAUCCAGGUUGCGCAUGAUGAGAGACUAGAUUUGGGCCACUUUUACCUUCUUUGCAAACAUAGCCUUUUUUUGCUAUGCAUAUUUUUUGUUAUUAUUUUAAGGGUACCUGUUAAAUCCAGCCACUCAAAGAUUUAUGCUUAUACAUCUUUGUUGGCACAUCUGCACCUUUACGUGAGCUCUGGUACUGUUAGCAUAUCUGAACAUAGAACAUUGCCUCCAAAGACCACAUCUUCAGUCCAGUGCUAUUAGCCAGUUAAUAGCAGGAACGAGGGAAAUUUGGGUGCAGCUUCUUAUGAUCCUUAUAUGAGCUUAUGCUUUAUUCCAUUUUGUGUUCAAUUUAAUGAGUGUUCUUUUGCAGAGCCUACACCUUGUAGUUAGAUGUUACUGUUCUUGUUGUCUCCACGUAUACGCUAUACAUGCUAUCUACUGUAUGUAACCUUGCUGCAAGGCCAAGACGAGAAAACCCAUUACUGUAAGCUUCAGCACUAAAACCCAGUUAAAUAAUCUAUAGAGAAUUGUGUCAUCCAGACUAUUUAACCUUGUAUCCUGAAAACAUAUUAAGUGACAGAGUUAAACUCCUGGAUCCGCUGUGGACCUGAGGUCAUCUCCACCCUUUAAUGCCAGCAGGAAGCUCCUCAUAUGAUCUUACUUUAGGGACAGUGCACUUUGACCCCAGACAGACAAGCGCUGUGUUGAGCCUGUGGAUUUUCCACUCUGUGCAGCUGAAGAGCCUGCAGGGUGUGGUUGGACUGAGGAUGAAAUCACUGCAUAUGGUUCUUGCUGUACAUGAUGGCCAAGGAUUAUCACGAUGACUUCAAUAACUUUAUUUAUUCAAAAAACACGGUGGCUGAGACACACUCUGUGGCAUCGCGUGCAUACUUGGAAUGUUAUUUUGUGACUAUAAGCCAUUGACGAGAGGGUUAAAUAGGUACACAAGGGGGUGUUUAUCACAGCGUAGAACAGUUCUUUUUUCUUUUUUUUACUUUUAAGUUAAAUAAUUGAUUUUUGUUACAGUUUAAAUUAAGUUGAGAGAGUAUGAGAAGCCCUGGAUGGUUUUGUUUGAAACUGGUUUGAAACUUUUAAAAGGUUUGGAAUUAGAUUUAGAUGAUGUGUGAGUGUAUAUAUACUGUAAUAUACUAGCUGAGGGUUUGGGAUUGAUCGACUGAUUAUUUUUUCUUAUAUAUUUGACUGAGUUUUUUUUCCCCCUGUAUGAAGUGAGAGGCUGUGCUGCUCUCACCUGCAGAGUGAAUGUCUUCAGCACGGUUCUGUUCUGUUUCUCUCUUAUUUAUGUGAUAAAAUAUUAAUAAAAAAAGAAAGGUGGGUUAACUUUA